AUGAGGGUGUCAUAUGAACCGACCCUGGAGCAAGUUGGUGCCAGAGGUGAGAAGAAGCUUAUUACAGAUGCCCUUAAUAAAAAUCAGUUUCUGAAGAGACUAGAUCCUCAGCAAAUCAAAGACAUGGUAGAAUGUAUGUAUGGAAGAAAUUAUCAGCAAGGAAAUUACAUUAUUAAGCAAGGAGAACCAGGAAAUCAUAUCUUUGUACUGGCAGAGGGCCGCCUAGAUGUCUUCCAAGGGGAAAAAUUGCUAUCAGCCAUCCCUCUAUGGACCACAUUUGGGGAACUGGCUAUUUUAUACAACUGUACAAGGACUGCCUCUGUAAAAGCUAUUACCAAUGUUAAAACUUGGGCACUGGAUCGAGAGGUAUUCCAGAAUAUAAUGAGAAGAACAGCUCAAGCUAGAGAUGAACAGUACAGAAAUUUCCUCAGAAGUGUUUCUUUGCUGAAGAAUUUACCUGAGGAUAAACUAGCUAAGAUCAUUGACUGCUUGGAAGUGGAAUACUAUGACAAAGGAGAUUACAUUAUUAGAGAGGGUGAAGAAGGAAGUACCUUUUUCAUUUUAGCAAAAGGAAAGGUAAAAGUAACCCAGAGUACAGAAGGCCAUGAGCAACCACAAUUGAUAAAAACACUGCAGAAGGGAGAAUACUUUGGAGAAAAAGCUCUUAUAAGUGAAGAUGUUCGAUCAGCUAAUAUUAUUGCUGAAGAAAAUGAUGUCGCCUGCCUAGUGAUAGAUAGAGAAACAUUCAAUCAAACAGUUGGGACUUUUGAAGAACUACAGAAACACCUGGAAGGGUAUGUGGCAAACCUGAACCGUGAUGAUGAAAAAAGACAUGCAAAGAGAUCCAUGUCUAAUUGGAAGUUGUCAAAAGCAGUCUCUCUGGAAAUGAUUCAACUGAAGGAGAAGGUGGCCAGAUUUUCCUCAUCAUCCCCAUUCCAGAACCUUGAGAUUAUCACAACACUGGGCGUUGGUGGGUUCGGAAGAGUUGAGCUUGUGAAAGUAAAAAAUGAGAAUGUUGCUUUUGCUAUGAAAUGUAUAAGGAAGAAGCACAUUGUUGACACUAAACAGCAGGAACAUGUCUACUCAGAAAAGAGGAUCCUAGAAGAAUUGUGUUCUCCCUUUAUUGUGAAACUAUACCGUACUUUCAAGGGACAAAGUAGUGUUUACUUGCUUCUGGAGGCUUGUUUAGGUGGAGAGCUGUGGAGUAUACUAAGGGACAGGGGCAGCUUUGAUGAAUCUACCUCUAAGUUCUGUGUUGCUUGUGUGACUGAGGCCUUUGAUUACCUGCAUCGACUAGGGAUUAUCUACAGAGACCUGAAACCAGAAAACUUAAUUCUAGAUUCUGAUGGAUAUCUAAAAUUGGUUGAUUUUGGAUUUGCUAAGAAAAUAGGAUCUGGACAGAAAACAUGGACAUUCUGUGGAACUCCAGAAUAUGUUGCUCCCGAAGUUAUACUCAACAAAGGACAUGAUUUCAGUGUUGAUUUUUGGUCACUAGGAAUUCUAGUUUAUGAGCUCUUAACAGGAAAUCCACCCUUUUCUGGAGUUGACCAAAUGAUGACCUACAAUUUGAUUCUCAAAGGAAUUGAAAAAAUGGAUUUUCCCAGAAAGAUUACAAGAAGACCUGAAGAUUUGAUUCGGAGACUUUGCAGGCAAAAUCCAACAGAAAGGCUGGGAAAUCUGAAGAAUGGCAUCCAUGACAUUAAGAAACACAGGUGGUUAAAUGGUUUUAACUGGGAGGGGUUGAAAGCACGGAACCUCCCAUCACCUUUACAAAGAGAGCUCAAUGGACCCACAGAUCACAGCUACUUUGACAAGUAUCCCCCUGAAAAGGGAGUGCCUCCAGAUGAGCUGUCAGGAUGGGAUAAAGACUUCUGAUUGAAAAAAGAUUAUUGUAUAUCCUACACAGAAGAAGAUUUGAGGACUAAAAGUUCAAUAUAGAUCUUU